AUGCCGCAUGUGACUUCCAGAACACCCAGGAUGGCCCAGACUGAGCAUCCUUCAGGUUUGCCUACAGACAAGAAUAUCUCUCCGAAUGUCACCCGAGUGAUAGUGAAGACAGCAGGCAAUCAGGAUGACUUUAUAGUAGCUGAUGACACUUCGGUGAGGCAGUUCAAAGAGGAGCUAUCAGCUCAUUUCAAAUGCCAAAUGGACCAGUUAGUGCUGGUCUUCAUGGGCCGCCUUCUCAAAGAUCAUGACACACUGAGCCAGAGAGGCAUCCUGGAUGGCCACACCAUCCACCUGGUCAUCAAAUCCAAACCUGGUUCCCAGCCCCUAGCCUGUUUCUCCCAGAAUCUGUCAACCAAUGAGCCCUGUCACCAGGAUGGGAACACCAAAGGAAACAGCAGUGGGGUGCCUCAGUCUGCUGGCAUGAGCCAAACCCCAAUGGAACCAGCCCCUUUUCUGGAGUCUGAGAUGCCCAAGGUGAAUACCCAGAACCUGGAAGUGGACAAUCCAGAGUAUCUGCUGGAGAAUCUUAACAUUCAGAGGCUUCUGUCCAACAUGGACCUUAUGCGGUGGUUUAUCUCAGAUCACCCAGAGAUGCAACAACUGAUGCAGCAGAAUCCUGAGGUCUCCCACAUCCUUGACAAUUCUGAGAUCUUAUGGCAGACUCUGGAGCUAGCUAGGAAUCUUACCAUGAUCCAAGAGAUAAUGCAGACCCAGCUACCUGCACAAAACCUUGAGCACCCACUGAACUCACAGUCAUACCUGGGCUUAGAGACAAUCCCAGGUGGGGACAAUGUCCUGGGACAGGACUAUUCUGAUUUCAAUGACCAAAUGCUCAACAGUUUGCAUGAUCCCUUUGGUGGCAACCCUUUUAUAGCUCUCCUGGAAGGACAAGUGCCAGAACAAGUCCGGUCCUCACCCCCACCUCCACCACCAUCCCAGGAACUGCAGGACCAUCUCCCACAGCUCCCCACAACCCGAGUCAUCUAUUCUAGUUCUCACGGCUUAUCCUCAACAACCUCAGCCAAUGCCCCACGCAACAGGGUCAACUGUGCUGCCAGGGCCAAUGCUGCCACUAUUUCCACCAAAGGUCAGAGCCAGAUUUGUGCCAUACAGCAACCAACUGGGGUGCCAGCCCUACCCAGUGUAGACCUCACCCAGCAGUACCAAGCAGAAGGCAAGGAUGCCACCAUAUCUCUAGGUGGCUCUAGCCAGAGACUGGAGGGUGAUCUCCAGCUGUCAGUUGAACGGAGCAGCUCCCAGGUCACAGGAAGCAUGAUGCAGCUGCUUACGAACAACCCACACCUGGCAGCCCAGAUAUUGUUCAUGAGUAUGCCCCACCUGAGUGAACAGAAGAGGCAGCAGCUGCUCACAUUUCUGCAGCAGACACAGCUUUCUGACCUACUGACAGCCUUAGGCAACGCUAAAGCAUCACAGGCAAUAGUGCAGAUACAGCAGGGUUUCCAGCUGCUGGCCACAGAGGCCCCUGUUCUUUUGCCCUGGGUUGCACCCUACUUAUGGGGCCUUGGUUGGCUUCCUGCCCCCAGCUGCAACUACCCUAACACAGUAUCCUGGGCCUGGAAUGUGCCAGACAUGGCUGAGCCAAAAGGGGCUGAGGGCUGCCAGAAAUCUGGAGCAAUCCUGCAAAGGCUACAAUCCCUAGCUGGAGAUCCUCCUCAUCAUCAACAAGCCCCUGAGAUUCGCUUCUGCAAGCAGAUGGAAUAUCUCCAGGCCAUGGGCUUUGGAGAUCAACAUGCCAAUUUGCAGGCACUCAUUGCCACUGAGGGAGACACCACUGCUGCUAUCAGCAAGCUCAAGAGAUCCCAGGGAUUCUAA